GCGAGGGGUGGCCGCCGAGGUGGGGGCCCGGGCGGGGCGGGGGCGGGGGCGGGGGCGCGGCGGGGCGGCUUCGCUGGGGCCGGCGGCCGGGAGCUCCGGGGCCCAUGGCGGCCAUCCCGGCCGGCGGCUCGCUCGUGGCCACGCACGACUACUACCGGCGCCGCCUGGGCUCCGCGUCCGGUAGCAGCGCGUGCGGCGGCGCGGACUGCGCGGGGGGGGCCGCCCCGCAGCGCCCCGGCGAGAGCAGGCGCCGACACCCCGCGGCCGAGCCGGGCCCCUGGUGGGCAGGCCUCUUCGGGCGGCCCGCGCUCGCGUCCACGGCCCCCGCGCUGGAGUCUCCGGGGCGCCCGCAGCCUUCCCAGGCCUCCGGCGGCGCCGGCACCGGUGACUCGGCCCUGGAAGCCGUGAGGAAGCAGCCCGGCCGCCAGCCUGGCCCAGCCGACCCCGGGCCGAGCACAACACCAAAAAGGAAGUUGAGAGAAUCCCGCUCUUCACUGUCCAAGCCACACGCAAGCCUUCCCGACCCCCUGGAACUGUGUGCCUCGCACCAAGUGGAAAAUAAACUCCAAGCAGCCGGUGGCCUUGGUGGUGUGCGGGAGCCGGGAGCCGGGAGCCGGGAGCCCUGUGCCCCCCCGGGCCUGGGGUUGAAGUCGCGGACCCUUGUCAGCCUCACUUCCUGGCGGGGCGAGGAGCUGGCCUUACUCCCUGGGCCUUCCCGGGGCCCCUCGCUGGGGAGCCCCCUGCCGGGUCCGGCCCAGGCUCAGGCAGACAAGCUGCUUCCACAAGUGUGGGGCCUUGGCAGCUGAGAGGGGGUGGGAGCCUGGGAGAGCAGGCUCAGGAGUUGGACAGGGAGCCUCCCCUCAGGGCCCUGGGCUAGAGGGAGCUGGGGCCCCUGCCCCCCACUCGUGACUGCAGGGAGGGAUCAGGGCCAGACUGUCUCCAGGAGCCUUCCUAUAACGCUGGUGCCUCUUCUAGGCCGUUGUGGGACACGUCCUGGGUACAGGGAGCCAAAACGGACGCUGAGUGGCAAGGGGGUAAGGGGGUGCCCCAUUCCUCACAGGUGACCCAGCUGUGGACCAGCUCCAACCAGGGACCUGGGGAGCCCGAGCUCGUGUCCUCCUGGGCGGCCGUGCCAGUGCACGAGCGGUGCCCACACACCACAGCGGCCAGCACAGAUUGGCCCGGCUGUGCUGGUCAGGAGAGGGCAGCCUCGGGAGGGAGGUCAGGGGCUCUGCUGGCUGCGCUCCUGCCCCUCUUCCCCGCAGUGGGCAAUAAAUAGCUGCGCACCAGCA